AUGGGCAACCGCGCGGGUCGUACCGACUUCGAGUGGGUCUACACCGACCAGCCGCACACGCAGCGGCGCAAGGAGAUGCUCGCCAAGUACCCGGCCCUUAAGGCCCUGAUGCGGCCGGACCCACACCUCAAGUGGACAGUGACUGGGAUGGUGCUGGUACAGCUGCUAGCCUGCUGGCUGGCGCGUGAACUUUCAUGGCGCUGGCUCUUGUUCUGGGCCUACGCCUUUGGCGGCUGCGUGAACCACUCGUUGACACUGGCCAUCCACGACAUCUCACACAACACCGCCUUUGGCACAAGCUGCGCUAUGCGCAACCGCUGGUUUGCCAUCUUCGCCAAUCUGCCUGUGGGUGUGCCCUACGCCUCCUCCUUCAAGAAGUAUCACGUGGACCACCACCGCUAUCUGGGCGGCGAUGGCCUGGAUGUGGACAUACCCUCGCGCUUCGAGGGCUGGCUCUUCUGCACGCCGGCCCGCAAGGUGCUCUGGCUGGUGCUGCAGCCCUUGUUCUACUCACUGAGGCCACUCUGCGUGAACCCCAAAGCCAUGACCCGCAUGGAGGUGCUCAAUGCCCUGGUGCAGCUGGCAGUCGAUGCCACCAUCUAUGCUCUCUGGGGAAUCAAACCUGUGGCCUACCUUCUGGCCAGCUCCUUCUUGGGCCUGGGCCUGCAUCCCAUCUCAGGCCACUUUGUGGCCGAACACUACAUGUUCAUGAAGGGCCACGAGACUUACUCCUACUAUGGGCCCCUCAACUGGAUCACCUUCAACGUAGGCUACCACAUGGAGCACCAUGACUUUCCCAGUAUCCCAGGCUGCAACUUGCCCCUGGUGCGGAAGAUUGCGCCUGAGUACUACGACCACCUGCCGCAGCACCACUCAUGGGUGAAGGUGCUCUGGGAUUUUGUGUUUGAGGACUCGAUGGGACCCUACGCCAGGGUGAAGCGGGUGUGCAAGCUGGCGGAGGACCGCCUAUGA